ACAUCCGAAGUCCAUCGCAAAUUAACCGUGUUCAAGAUGGCUAAGCUCUUCCUCCUAGUGUUCCUUGGUGCUCUCGUUUGCUCCACUAGCGGUAGGAAGCUGGUGGGCAAGGAGGCCUUCGAGGAGGAGAAGUGGUACCACCACCACGGCGGUCUUGGUGGCGGUGCCGGCGGUGGGUAUGGAGGAGGUGGUGGGCUUGGUGGCGGAGGAGGCGUAGGUGGUGGAGGUGGAGCUGGCUUUGGUCGUGGAGGUGGGUUAGGUCACGGUGGUGGGCUUGGUGGAGGUGGUGGAGGUGGGUUUGGAGGAGGUGGUGGUGGUGGAUUUGGUGGCGGCGCUGGUGGAGGUUUCGGAGGUGGAGCGGGAGCUGGCGGUGGGGUGGGAGGUGGGUCUGGUCUAGGUGGGGGUGGAGGGUUCGGAGGCGGCGGUGGUGGUGGGUUCGGUGGUGGUGGAGGAGUUGGUGGUGGAGCUGGAGGUGGGUUCGGAGGAGGAGCUGGGGGUGGCUAUGGUGGUGGGUUCCCUUGAGAGUUCUCAUGAACCGUUCUCUCCAUUUGAAUAACAAGUGGCAGGAGCUUUGGCUUGUAUUUGGUCUCUUUAACGGCUACCAUGUGCCUCCUCAGUAACCGUGUGACAAGUCAGCUGUAGUAGUUGCAUUGCAUAACGGAUAUGUAAUGAUCUCUGUCAUGUGAAUGAUAUUGCUAUUGUAUGUAA